ACCUGUUCACCAGAUGUUAGUGAGUUUUCAACAUCAUUUGUUUGCUUGGAAGCAUCGCUCCAGUUUUCCUCUCCUCCAUAAGCCUGCAGGGCUUGCUGCUCUGGUAACUGAUGCCUUCAGAAUGGGGGCUCAAGCAGGAUCGGCUCAGCAUCCUUGCCCGACCAAAAGUCAACCACCAAGUUCUACUCUCCAGACCUUCUGUAUACUGGGUAGAUAAAAUACCCAAAGAGCAGCCGAGAUACACAAUUCCAGUUAUGACUUCCAGGCAGGAAGAGUUGUCUGAAUUCAAGAUGGUCCAUCCAAGCUACAAAUAUAACAGAUUUUUUCCUGAGACAUCAGUAACACCCACAGCUCUGAAUGUGGUGGCAUCACCCAGAUUAAAUAACCUGUCACGACCCCGGCCUGUCACAGAUAUCUCGGAGUUAAAUAAUCUUAACUGGUUUAUGGUGAGAAAAGGAGCCUUAACUGCAGUUCCCACACCACGGAUAAUUGCUCUAGCCAAACCAAAGUGCAGCCCCACAACUUCAGAGAAGCCACAUAAAAAACGCCAUCCUGUUCCUACAGAAGAAAAAUUAGAACAACUCUCCAGACCUCGGGUCUAUAUUUUUGAAGCGCAUGAUCCAUACAAAGUUUCCAAGGCUGCUCUCAAAUACGAUCCUUCUCCUCGCAUUAUUGAAAUUAGUCGUCCAACAAGAGUGCGAGGAAGAAUAAUUUGAGUUACG